UUGGUUGGGCCCUUCGGCGAUUCGCCCCAUCGGCCCAUCCUCGCGCCGCAUAAAAAUAAUAAUUUUUAAAUAAAUAAAUUAAUUAAUAAGAAAACUCACACGCAGAGCAUUUUCUAGCGCGCCAUGGCCUCCUCCUCCGCCGCCGCCGCCGCCGCAGCCACCUGCGCCCACCGCUCGCCGGCGUUGGCCGGCGCGAAGGCCCCCGCUCGCCGCCACGCCGCGCGACGCGUCCGCCUCCCGCCGCUUCCGCCGCCGCGCAGCGCCGCGUGCCCUGGACUCCUACAAACUGCCUCCUGCGGUCAUGGAAAUGCAAGAAAUGUCCUUGCAAAGGCAACAGGAGAAUCACCGGCUGAAGCUACGACUGAGUUUCCCGAAAUUGUGAAACCCGUGCAGGAAUUGUGGGACAAACUUGAAGAUAAGUAUGCCGUGGCUUCGCUAGCUGUUGCCAGUAUUAUCGGAUUGUGGACUGCCGCUGGAGUGAUUUCGGCAAUUGAUCGACUCCCUGUUGUCCCCGGCAUUCUUGAGCUUGUUGGAAUUGGUUACACAGGGUGGUUUGCAUACCAAAACCUGAUCUUCACACCUGACAGGGAAGCUUUGAUAGCAAAGAUAAAGGGCGUCUAUGAGAACAUAAUCGGGAGCAGCUAACGGAUGAGCAUCAAUAGAUUGGUGGCAUCAGAAACACUAAAUGCUGUCGAAUGAAUGCCAAUUCUUAUCCACUGGGAGAUCAUUGUGUGAGAGGGAAGGAAAAAAGUUGUAGUCUUUCAUGGUUUAUUCUGUUGUAUGGCAUAACCUUCUAAAACUAUACAAUCCGUUUAAUGAUUGUGCUAUGUGCUUAUUUUCCAUUUCAUAUUGUGUUUCAGUGGCUUGGAUCGGUGAAGUGAAUGCUGAUCUGUUUGUUAAUCUUUUCAUAUUGUCGACAAUGAAUAAGAAAAUAAGAAUUUCUAUCAA